ACGCGUUUCGUUAAGAGCGCUGCUGCUGACCCUAUUCGCCUUCCAUAGUUGCAUACCUAGCCGGUGGCAUGUCUGCUCUCUUGCUGAACGCGUGAUUCUGAGAAGUUAUUCUGGAAAUGGCAGAAAUUGAACAAGAAAAGAGUAAAGGACUAAAAUUCGCCGAGGAGCAGCUUCUGCGACACGGCUGGGAAAAAGGUAAAGGUCUGGGAAGAUCGGAGAAUGGCAUUUCAGAAGCUAUUAAAGUCAAAAUUAAAUGUGGUAAAGGAGGGAUGGGCCAUAAGGAAGGUGAGCAGUUCAGUUUCCACUGGUGGGACCAUGUUUUUAACAAAGCCUCAUCAGGUCUGGUUGUGGAAUCAGGGCAGAAUGGUGCGGUGGUGAAGAAGUCAGAUGACGAUAACGAUGAAUUGAUCUCCAACAAGAAGCCACGCAAGGCUCAGCAAGCCAAGUCCAUGCUCUAUGGAUGCUUUGUCAAGUCCGCUACGCUGCUGUCAGGUGAGGAGAGGCCAGAAAAAACCUCUGAUUCAGAUGACAGCAGCAGCAGUUCUGAUGAUGAGGACCAGAAACUGGACCUUUCCAGCACGACUAAACUAUCAGAUGCAGAUCUGCUCAAAGCUUGCGGAGGACGAACAGCGCACAAAGGAGCCAGACAUGGACUCACUAUGAGUGCCAAACUGGCCCGGCUUGAGCAGCAGGAACAAGAGUUCAUGAACAAGUAUGGUAAGAAGAACCACACCGCUGAAACAUCCACAAGCAGCACGGAUUGCCUAAAUCUUGAGGGACGUCCAGAUAUGAAUGAGAAAACAAAACGCAAGAAAUCAAAAAGGCAGGAGGAACCAUCAGAGAAUAACAUCCAUGAAGAUAAGACGACAACCCGCAUCCUUUCAAGUAAUGAUACUGAGGACUGCAAACCCAAAAAGAGGAUGGUCUUUAAUGGUGCUUCCGUGAACAGUGAUAUGAUCGCAGAUACAGAGCCAAAGAAGAAGAAAAAGAGAAAUCGCAAAGAAAAAGAAGCACCUGAGGAUAGUGUUAAUGGAGACUGCAGCGAGGCAUUCACACACACAUCAGAGGAGCGAGACACACACCUGCCAGUGGAUGAACGCAUGCACAAGAAGAAGAAAAAUAAGAAACGGUCUAAGGUGCAUGAGACGGCUGACACUGAUGACAUCAGUGGGGAUGCCACGGACACACAUAACAAACAGCCACAGGAGGACAGUAUUGAGCACCGACAAGCCUCUGACAGUGCCUCCACAAAGAAAAAGAAGAAAAAGAAAUCCUCUGCGGUGCACUACGAAGAUGUGGAGAACUCAUCUACUGCGAUGACAGGAACAGAGGACACUAGCAACGAAGCAAAGAUAAUGGACACACAAACUGAAGAACAGGAGAACGACAGGAAGAAAAGCAAAAAAAAGAGGCAAAGCAAAAAUCAGGAGGUGGUAGAAAAUGUGCAGUUUGAGGAGUCUGUGCCAAAAAAAAGAAAAAAAUGAACAAAGAGUGAACUCGCAUGCUGCUAUAACUCACUGCAAAAACAAGCUGAUCAGAAUCUGAGCUGCUGAUGAAGUGCAAGGAUCAAUUCUCCAGUAUCAGACUGUUAGCUGUUCAGAUCACACUCGUAUUUAUUCUUACAAGUCAUGGUCAAUUUUUAAAACUUGAGAACCAUGGGUGACAUGAAAUGUUUUUAAUGGACUGAUUUGUGAGACAUCUGUGUUAUGCAUAUUAAAUAGCAGAUCCACAAUGACAAAAAAAUGAACCGUGAACAGUUUGAAGUGAUUUGUGUGAAACGUACAAUUUCUAACAAAUCAAACUUCAAAUGCAUUGGAAAAUAAAGGUAUUCUUGAUA